AUGGGGCACUCUGUUCACAACGUUGACAUCAGAAAACCGCUCGCCCUCAAGACACCAUACACGUGGUCUGCGGUCUAUUACGACAUUGAAGAGCAGAAGGAAUGGAGAGGUCCAUCCUGCUUCAGGGACUGUGACAGGGGAGGGGACGAGUGGGCCGAAGAGGUCCAACUGACCCAGCAGGCUGUGGAGGCCGUCAAAAAGCUGUGCCGCAGGCCCAAGUUCGUGGUGCUGUGUGGGGACAUGGUCCAUGCAAGUCCGGGCACCCCGUUCCGGGAGGGGCAGGCGCGGGACUUGAAGGUGGCUCCGAGGGGUACAGACCGCUCCAUCCCUCUGGUGUUUGUCAGUGAGAACCAUGACCUGGGUAACACACCAACCCAGCAGACUGUAGCCCGCAACGCCUGGGGAGAUGACUACUUCAGCUUCUUGGUGGGUGGAUUAACAUGUACUGUAAUCCCAACCCAGCUGUUCUUUGGUGUGUCAGCCUGCCCGGACCGGAGAGACCUGGCCUGGUUAGAGGGCCAGCUGCAGAAGGCCUCCCAGGGGCUUGGGAUCACUCCCAAACAAGCCUUUAAUUUUAGUAAUUUAACUUGA